AGAUAAGGUUACCUUGAAACCCGUCCUCCCUUCUCUCCCGUGUUUCCUGACCCACACACAUCAUGGGUUGGUAACAAACAUAAGGACAACCUAGGGCUUGAUUUGCUCUUUUGACAGCCUUGCCUUGUUUUUUCCCUUCGUGCUGGUACAUGGUACCAGUUGGAAGUGUACAGUUUUUUUUUCCUGUCACUUUAAGCAACAGGUGCCUUUUGGCUUCCUUGUAGGGGGCCCUGGCACAAAUCCAAGUUUUAUUGGGACUCCAACAGGAAAGGCACAGAGAGACAUUGUGGUGCUUUCGAUCGGAAAACUAUUCUGGACUGGGGAAUUGACUCUUGAGAUUGUGUUCAGCCUGUUAGUGCAUGAGAGAGAUGGAAGCACGGUCCUCCACCACCACGACUACCAUAGUCGAGACCAAGAAUGACCUGAGUGCAAAUCCCGUACGUUCAUCCAAGCGCACCAUGACCGAUGACCUGUACAGCACGUUCAGCUCACCCAUGGCCUGGAUCCUCGUGCUGGCUCUCAUCAUAACAUGGUCGGCCGUGGCCGUCAUCAUGUUUGACCUGCUCGACACCAAGGGUCUUGAAGCCCAUACAUUAUACUGUGACGACCCCUGUUUACCACCUGGACCUCAGCCACACCGUGUCAGGAAAACAUUAAAGGAAGCAGGCAGCCUUAGAGGGGGUAUUCACCACAUCAGCCCUGAUCCCAUGAAGGCGGUGAAUGAAGCAAUGGAUGACUCUACCGAUUGGAUAACGUCAAUCUUGACUUUUAUGACUAAUUUGGUAGCACCAGAAGAAGAGGAGGAUGAAGGUGAGCGUCAUUUUGUGAAGAAAAAAGGAGAAUUCUUGCCACCGAGAAAAAAAGUUGCAGAGAUACGGGCCAAGGAGAUCUUAGCAGAGGAAGGGGAGUACGAUGAGGAAGAGGAGGAAGAGGAGGAGGAAGAUGAGAUGCUUGCUGAUGAAGAAGAGGAGGAGGAGGAGGAGGAGGAAGAGGAAGAAGAAGAUGAGGAGGAGGUUGAGGAGGAGGAAGAAGAAUCUGUUGAAGAGGAAGAUGAAGAGGAGGAAGCAGCAGAGGAGGCUGUGGAUGAGGAGGGAAAAGAAGAGGAGGCUGAAGAAAAGCAGAAAGAGGAAGCUGAUGCUGAAGAGGAAGAUGAGGAGGAAGCAGCAGCAGAGGAGGAGGGAAAAGAAGAGGAGGCUGAAGAAAAGGAGAAAGAGGAAGCUGAUGCUGAGAAAGAAGAGGAAGAUGAGAAAGCAGAGGAAGCUGUGGAGGAGGAAGGUGAAAAAGAGGAGGCUGAUGCUGAGGAGGAAGAAGAACAUGAAGAGGAGGCUGCUGCUGCUUCUGCUGCUCCUGAAAAGGAAGGUGCUUCCAUUCCUUCCAAACCCGAUGAGGAGAAAGAAGCUGCAGAUGAAAAGGCUCCUACUACACCACUAGAUGAUCAGGACGAUGAAUCAAUCAAAGCAGAAGAGGAGGAUGCAGAAAUCCUCCCACCUUUGUCCACAGAAGAGCAUGAUGAUGAUGUUGUAGCUGAUGAUUCCUCCUCUAAAGAUGUCAAAGAAGCAGAAGAACCAGCCCUUACAUUGGCUCCUACUACAGACGAUGACAUUACUGAUGAUGACCAAAAAGAUGACCAAAGUGAGGAGAAAGAUGAUGACGAUGACGUCCAGGAGGCUGAUAUCGCCAUUGUGCUUGGUAUUGUACCAGAUGCUGGUGCUACAGUCACUGAUGUUGAAGCUCAAGAACUUGGUGAGGAACCUAUACUUAAAGUGGAUGGUGAUACAGAGAUAUUAACACCUGUAGAGGAGAGUGCUGCUAAAGCUGAUGACGCAGUAGCUGAUAUAGCUGACUCACAAGAUGGCUUAAGCGCUACUGAUUUCCCAUCUGAUGACCAUGAUGAUAAGAUAGCUAAAGAACUAGCUGACGAUCAAGGUGAGAGUGUAGAAGACAGUCUUAAAGAUGAGACUGACUAUGAAAAAGAUAUAACAAGUGAAGGUGAGGGUGUUACUGAGGAGCCUGAGCUAGCUGAUAAUGUUGCAGAUAAAGAGGAACAGGAGGAAGAGGGAAAAGAGGAGGGAGAGGAACAGAUAAGUGCUGAGGAUGAUGAUGAUGGUGAUGAUGAUAUUAUAGUAACAGCACCUGUAGUUAGUUCCGAACCAGGUGGAGAAGAGACAACAGUGGUGGCUGAUGAAGAUGAUGGCUCUUCACCUGAGAAAGCUUCUGAAGCCAAAGAGGAUGUGGACAUGAAAGAAACAGUUCAAGACACAACAACCCUGGAAGAAGAGAUAAAAGAUGAAAAGGAAGAAAGUGCAGAGGAAGUGAAAAUUACGGAAAAAGCACCAGAACCAGAACCGGUCCCUAAAGCCGAGGAAGUGAAGGAAAAAGAAGCAGAGAGACCUGUGGCAGAGGCUGAAAAAGAAGACAAACAAAAAGAGCCCUCUACCUGUCCUUGUAUGCAUUCAGAAAUACAUAAAGAGUCUCAAAAAGCCCAAGACACUAAACCAAAGGAAGAAAAAGCUGAACCUGAUAAAGUGAAGAAAAGAGCUAAAAGAGUCAGCCUUGAGCGCAGACAAACUGAGACCAAGAGAAAGGAGCCCCUGCUUAAACAGAGAAAAGAAAAAGAGGCUCCAAGAACAAGACUAGAGAAAGCAAAGAAAGCUCCAAAAGCAAAGGCGGUGGCUGCCAACAUACUCAAAAAGAGAAGAUCUAGAGCCGCAAAAGACGUGGAAGUGUCAGCUGCUCCAGCUCCGCUACAGGAGCUUCCUAUGUGCAGACCAACACCUGUGUACUGCCCAGCGCCCCCUGGCUGGUAUGUGCAUCAUAUCGUUACAAGUAGCCCAUUACCACCAUCGGCUAUUCCAGAAUCAGAAGUUCCUAUUUUAACGACUCAUCAAGCUCCUACUAUAAUGAAAGAACCGGAAGCUACUAAGCCAAAGCCAAAAAAAGCCACUCAAAAGAAAGAACCAGCUGCACCAAAAGAAAAAGCCAAAGCAGCUCCUGCGAAGAAGGAGCCCACAGUUACUAAAGACAAAGUAAAACCUUCAGUGGCAAAGAAAGAGCGAGCAGCUGUGAAGGAGAAGCCAAAAAGGACAGAGCGAGUGAUCACUAAAGAAAAGGCAAAACCUACCUCUAAGAAAGAGCCUGCAGUAACAAAGAAGGCAAAAGUAACAACAACCAAAUACAAAGAAGAGAAAGCUGUAAAGCAAGUGAAGCCCACUGCAGAGGUAAAGAAGAAGGCCACAUCAGCACCAAAAGCCAAAAAAGCCAUUAAAGAAGAAGUUGUGGGAACACCUGUUCCAGCUGAGAAGAAAACAUCUGAAGAAACCCAAGAGAAACCAGCUGAGGCACCAGCACCAGCAAAAGAGCUGAAAGUGGAGGAAAAUGUCACAGAGGGCAAAAAGCCAGGCAAGAUCCCGUACUUCCAGUGUGUUUUAAUGAGCACAAAAUCCAGCCAAUAUCCACUGCGGCCCAUGUCCCCUGCUAUGAGUCCAGCUAUUAACCCCACCAUGAUGAGAGCCAUGAUGGAGCAGAGGGCCGCAUUACUGCAGCAGAAAGCCCGUCCAGCUGGCCAGUAACAGGAUGACAGACCCCAUCCGGCCCUGGCAGGUGUAAACUGCUUAUAAACUGCUGUAAAAACACAGUGCUGCUUGGCUCUCAAGAGCUAUCCACCUAAACUAUCACAGAGACUUAAAAAAAAAUAACAAAUGGAGGUCCCUGGUUUUUCAAUCUCCAUAAGUGGCUUUUGAAUCUGAUCACAGUUUCACAAUUUUGACAAAAAUGAAUAUGCAAUUACUUCAAAGAAAUAUAAAUAAAUUAUAAUGUACAUUUUAAAAAAAUAUAUUUAAUGAAUAAGCGCCUGUCAAUGAAAUGUUACUGUGUAGAUUCAAUUUUUUAUUUAUUUAUUUGAGAUCUUAAAACAUCUGUUUACAUUUGUUGCAGGGAAGAUUCUAAUGGUUUUUUUUCUUUUCUUUUUUUUUUUCAUAUUGUACAUAAGACUACUCAGCAACUAAGCAAAUUUAGACAUGGUUAAAUAAUUUAAGUGUUGCUCUAAAUAUUCAGAUAUUUAUUUUUCUAUGUCAAAGUAUAUGAUCUCAUUACGGAAAGUAAUACUGCAGUACACAUUCACUAAGGGCCUUAUCUUUUGGCCCAGGCCAUUUCCUUUGGCUCAUUGGUAAUAAGAUUAUGCGUAGUGUGUCUGGGUUCUACCAGGGUCUGGGAUCUUUCUGCAUUUGUAUGCAUGGCCAUUAGAAACAGGAGGACGCCAUUUGGACUGAAUCCGAUUUCUAUCUUAACCCAUGAAAAAAGCUUACAUCCUUAUAGAAUUGAAAGAGACAUUAAGAAAUUAAGGCACACAAAAGCCUCUAAAUAAUGAAAGGAUUUACUUGACUCAGACUUUUCUUGAGUAUCUCUUUAGUUAAUUGAAACCCCUUAUUGGGGGUUAUUAGAUUUAUGGUAGUGAAUUCAAUAGUGUAUGAAUAUGUAAAAUAGAACUUUUCAUGUACAGGUAAAACAUAAAGCAAUUGUGCUAUACUUGUGUGCAUAAAGUAUACCAAAAAUACAGUGUUUUACAGUAUUUGCCCACCAUGCAAUAGUUUUCUCUAAUUUUUCUACAUAGAUCAGUGGUCUUCAGUGUUUUUCAAACCGAAAGACCCCUUUGUUGAUACAAAAUGAGCUGCAUUUUAAGCUUGCUCUAAAAUAUCAUGACAUUUUAAUGUAUUUACAUGCUUUGUUUUGUUGCUACAUAUGGAAGAGCCAUUAAGUAAUGAUUAUUAUUAAUAAUAUAAUAUUAUUGGUAACACUUUAUGAUAAGGUUUCAUUUGUUAACAUUAGUUAACAAGAACUAACAACGAACAAUAUUAAUAUUAAUGCUAAUCUCAACAAUUACACGAUCUUAAUACACUUUUAAGAUCAAAAGUUGUAUCUGUUAAGAUUAUUUAAUUCAGUGUGAACUAAAAUGAACAAACAUUUUUAUUAACUAACAUUAAAAAUACAUACAGGUUAAUACAUGCUGUAAGAAUAUAUUGCUUAUUGUUAGUUCAUGUUAGUUAAUGUAUUAUGUUAACAGAUGAGACCUUAUUUAUUGUAAAGUGUUACUGAAUUAUUUAUAAUCAUGAUUGAUGUACAGAUUCUUGUACAUUGUUUUAAAUUUAAUUAAUAUUUUUAAUGUAGGUGGACAAUUAAAUAUUGUAUUUAGCUUGGUUUUGCUUACCAGCUAAAAUGACUUUCUUAACUCAGUGUUUUUUUCCCCCCAGUACAAAUCUCUUAACAUUCUUACAUUAAGAUGCAUUUACUUGAGAAGCAAAAUGACUUUAUAUUAAGUCUUGCUUUUUUUAAAAAAAAAAAUGUCAAAAUUAAGAAAGUUCAUGCUUAAAACAAGAAAAAAUAUCUGCCAAUGUGGUCAGAAAAAGAAUCUUGUUUUCACUUUGAGUUUUAUUUUUCUGACCCCAUUGGCAGAUAUUUUCUUCUGGUUUUAAUCAUAAACUCACAUUAUGAUCAACUGUUCAGAAAACAAGACUUAAUAUCUUAAUAAGUAAAUAUAUCUUGAGUUAAGAAUGUUUAGAUUUUUGUGCUGGAAAAUAAGACAAAAAUACAGAGUAAGAAAAUAAUUUUUUUGCCUGUUGAAGACCCCUGCCCUAGAUAGUCAUCAAAAAGUGUGUUGAUUUACUGUAAAAUACAAUAGAAGAGUAAGGGAGAUAUAUGUGUAUAUAUAUUAUUUGACUUUACUUUGACCAACAGUGAUUUUCAAGAUGUUGAUUGUUGAUCUGAUGGAUAUCUGUCCAUUCUCAGAGGCAUCUUGUUCCUGUAACAUUUUGCUCCGAGCGCGACUUAAACCAGCAUGGGAGGCGCGCGCGCUAACAAGACCGCUAAAGACCGCAGCCUCAAGCAUGCCUCCUGAAGCUGGGGGAGUGAGGUUUACUUGCACAGCUCUUUCUAGCCUGCCUCUGUUACACUCAACUCCCUAAACCUCACUCCCAUCCGGGUCACACCAGAGGGGUUCUACUUGCACCGCUCCGAGCAGGAUUCGAACCGGCUUCUCUGGCGUGGGAGGUGGGCGCACUAACAAGGAUGCUAAAAACAGUAGCCUCUAAAAUCCUUCUUGAGGCCGGGGGAGUGAGGGUUACUCUCACAGCUCUUACUAGCCUGCUUCCGUUACACUCACUCCCAUCCGGGUCAUGGCACCAACGUAGUCCCUCUGGUUCUACUCGCACUGCUCCGAGCGGGAUUCGAACCGGCUUCUCCGGCAGGGGAGGUUGACGCACUAACAAGGAUGCUAAAAACCGUAGCCUAUAGCAUGGCUCUUGAGGCCGGGGGAGUGAGGUUUACUCUCACAGCUCUUAUAAGCCUGCCUCCGUUACACUCACUCCCAUCCGGGUCACGGCACCAACGUAACCCCUCUGGUUCUACUCACACCGCUCCGAGCGGGAUUCAAACCGGCUUCUCCGGCAGGGUAGGUGGAUGCACUAACAAGGAUGCUAAAAACCGUAGCCUCUAGCAUGCCUCUUGAGGCUGGGGGAGUGAGGUUUACUCUCACAGCUCUUACAAGCCUGCUUCCGUUACACUCACUCCCAUCCGGGUCACGGCACCAACGUAACCCCUCUGGUUCUACUCGCACCGCUCCUGGCGGGAUUCGAACCGUCGUCUCUGGCAUGUGAGGCUGGCACUCUAACAAGGACACUAAAGAAUGUAGCUUCCAGCAUCAAUCGCUAGUGCGCCUCUUGAGCACAGGGGAGUGAGGUUUACACGCACAGCUGUUACUAGCUGGCCUCUGUUACACGGGUUUGACAGUUUCAACCAGAAAUACUUUGUCUUAUUCAAGAACACACUGGCGUGUGAUCUUUAUUUUCAUUAACUUAAGGAUCGGCACGACCUAAAAUACUGUAUGUCCUUGAAUGUCUUCUCAUAAUCCACAGCAGUGAAAAAAAUCUAAAUGACAAGAACAAGAGUGAACAGCCGGCUGAAUUUUGAUUGCUGCUCUGCAUAUGGGCUGCAUAUGGUCAUAGAAAGACUGCAUAAUGUUAGUACUGUACGUAGUGAUUGCAGCAGAAGGCUGUUUCUCUUUAAUCAGGACAUAGUAAGACAGUUAGCUGUAACUGUCUGACUUUGAACAUAGAAGUAGGCCACAGAAAUAAUCUCACUUUGAAGUUGCAGCAUGCAGCUUCCUGCAGAGAGGACAUCAACUGUACUGUGGAUAUUCCUAAAAUAUAUAAAUGUAAGAAUGAACAAUAUAAAUAUUGAUGACCCUGAAAAACAUGUAUAAAAUGGGGCACCAUUUUAGUCCGACGUUGAGAAAAAUCACUGUCUUAGCUUAAAUGAGAGACAGUUUACAGUGAAAAUGCAAUGUUUACGAGGCUGGAACCUCAGUUGUUGAUUCUCAAAAGGCUUUGAGUGCCAUAGAUGUAUAAAAUCCAUAUGUAGGGAUAAACAUUUUAUUUUAAGAAGUGACAGAAGUUGUUCUUACAGUUUUUGAAUGUGUUUGGUAUUGCAUGACCCCUGAGAAUAUUGCACAUGUCAGUUUCUGAUGUGCUAAAUUAGCUUGUUACACUGAAUUUCAACAGAGGCUGCUAAAUUAUCUUUCUUUCAUAAGACCUGAUGACAUGAGGUUGGGCACCUGGAACUUGUCAGCCUUAUAAGCUAAAUUAUGUUUUGCUUAUAAAAGGAUAGAUCACUUUUUCUUUCACAAAGUAGUAGGAUUUUGUGGUUUGAUUUAUCAGUUUUACUAGGGCAUGUCAGAUUGCUCCAUAAUUUGUCAUCACAUCACAGAGACCUAGUUUACAGUUUUAAAUAUGUCAAACUGUCAUGUUCUUAUGAAUGUUGAAUAAGAUCUGUCAGUAGAACCAAAGGAAAUUUUGACUAAAUCAAUGUUGUUUUUUGUUUUAUUUACAUCUUGGAGUGGGCAAAAUUCUGGUGAUAAAGUGUGCAAACUUGUCUGUGACAGAAUGUCUUUUUUCGUGUACAUUAUUCAUUUGGGUGAAAAAAUAAAUAUUUUAUUUUGGAAAAUGAA